GGGACGGAGGGAAGGGAGUAAUAAAUUAAAAUAAUAAUGAAAUACUAACAAAGAAAACUACCAGACCUUGUUCUGUCGCGUGGUUCUCUCUCUCAGAAAAUCUAAACUCGCGCCGCCCUUACUAUCUGGCGCUGUGGUCGCCGAUUAACCUCGCCACCGCCCCUAGCUCGCUGCUACAAUCCCUAACUCUCUCUCACGUGCAUAACUCACUCUUUCUCACGCCCUAACUCCGCCGCCCCACCCUCUCGAUGCCGCCGUUGAAGCUCGCCGCCGCCGGAUCAGUGCAUGCCGAUCGUUGCUAGAGAAUCUUAACUUGCCGCUGCCCUGAGCCCUCACCCUCUUACGCUGUGGCCGUCAGUCACCGUGCCCUGCCCGCCGUCGUCGUGCUUAUAAGGGUUUAAGUUUCCAUUUUAGCACAUUAUCUCCGGCUUCCGCGGCGACGGAACAUGGCAGAAUGGAUUUGCAGGACGCUGCGAGACGGUGGCUUAGAAGGGGAGCAUGCCCCCGCUCUCACCAUCAAUGACACAAUCACCUGCUCUUUAGGUUCCUUUGUCUUCGAUCACAUCCUCUCUCAGCUUUCCUCCUUCAUUGACUCCCAAAAAUCUCUAUCAAGUGGCAUUGUGUUGGUUGCAUUGUCGCGGAGUCCUUUGUACUAUGAAAAAUUGUUGAAGAGCAAAGGAUACGACGUCUCUACAAGUACAUGGUUUAAGGUUUUGGACUGUUAUACGGACCCAUUGGGUUGGAAAAGCAAGCUCAUGAAUAAUGGGAGCAUUGCCAAUGACUCUCUUGGAUCUUCAGUGACAGUUAAAUUGUGUAAAAAUGUUAAGGACUUGGAUGGGUUAUUGUCAUUGAUUCUUCAACUUGGAAAAGAAUUGUCGGCAGAUGGAAAAGGAAGGUUUGUGGUUGCGAUAGACUCGGUUAGUGAGAUGCUAAGACAUGCGUCAGUUUCAUCAGUUGCAUCCCUCUUAAGCGAACUUAGGAGUCAUGGCCAAGUUUCUAGCUUAUUCUGGCUAUUACAUUCGGAUCUGCAUGAGAGCCGGGCUACUGCUGCUCUUGAGUACAUGUCGUCUAUGAAGGCUACUUUAGAACAAAUGGUUCAACCAGUGGAUGGACUGAGGGGAAAUUCUGUUAGCCUCUCCUUGAUGGAACAUAACUUGCGAAGAGGAAAAUUCAGUGUGCACGUUAAACGUCGAAAUGGGCGUGUUAGAAUGAUGGUUGAAGAGCUCUAUGUUGAGAAUUCGAAUCUCAAUUUUACACCCUUUUCUACGGCAGAUGAAGUAACUGCUCAAAGCCUUGUGCCUAAGGUCCAGUUCAAUUUACAGUUAUCUGAAAAGGAGCGAAAUGACCGAGCAAAAGUGGUCCUUCCAUUUGAGCAUCAAGGCAAUGGCAAAAACAUUCAAAUAUAUGAUGGUCGGAAAUCUCUCGAUGAGAGCAAAGGUUACACUGAACAGAUUGGUGUUGAGAAAGAGGAAGGCCGCCGGGGGGAGAUAAUCUAUUUUCGGGAUUCAGAUGACGAGAUGCCCGAUUCAGAUGAGGACCCUGAUGAUGACUUGGAUAUAUGAUUCUGGGUCCCUUGCUUCUUACCCAAAAUGGCAGGAUUUAUGACUCUAAUGUUGUUCUACCAGUUGAGAAAAUCUCGCUGUGAAGUCAACCGCCGAUCACUACUAUAUCUCCUGCAUCAUUUAGGCUGUUGCUACUCCCAGAUUAGGCUAUGAAUAGAGCCUUAAAUCUCGUGUUUCUUCUUAUGACGAUAGUUGAAAUUGUACACACUAAAUUGCUACUGUAUUAGUGAAACCACUUUUGGCAUUGAAUCAUAUGUAAGUUUUGAAUAAUACAAUCUGGAAGACGGCAGUUUCCUGAAAA